CUACUCUACCAAUACACCACGACCUCUUCCAGCAUUCCUCUGGCUUGUCUGUUCCUUUUCCUUUCCUUGUGAGGUCUAGCGGAAUGAAUCGCUCCAUUACUGGAGCAUGGUCACAGCACCACUCCACACGGCGCGGCAACAAGAUCAGCCUCAACUCGCCCUUGCCUGCUACCCCACCUCCGCCCGGUAGCGCAGCAGCUGCAGCCCUUCGAGCCCUCGAGGUAGGACCGGAUGGAGGAGCCGCUACUGGACAGGAAGCCUCAGCAGCCGAAGGACAAGGAGUGAACGGCGUCAUGGCUUCUGCCAGUGGGUCAAUAGAUGGGCUCGACACCGCGGCCGAGCAGGGCCCUUCUUCGUCUACUCCUCGCACACGCGAAGCAUCCCCAGCUACCCUAGCAAGAGCUUCGACCUCGGCUACUCCCCUCGCCUCUUCCUCUUCCACCUCCGGCAAGCGCAAAGAAGCUCGGACCCCUACAUCCACCUCUGCCUCUUCCAAGCGCUCCCGUAAAGCUCUCACCGAUCCUUCUGCAAUUGCAGAAAAGUACGCUCCCCCCUCGACUUCCCUGGCGGAUCUGGGCGGGAUUGCCUCUUCCAUCGAAAAGGUCCUGGAGCUCAUAGCUCUACCUCUUCGCCAUGGAGGAGUGUACCACUACAUCGGCAUGACUCCUCCGCGGGGUGUGCUCCUGCACGGUCCGCCCGGUUGUGGAAAGACGAUGCUAGCUGGUGCGAUUGCCAACUACUGUGAUGUGCCCUUCCUGUCCAUCUCUGCUCCUUCCAUCGUCAGCGGUACCUCUGGCGAGUCCGAAGCGACGCUACGUCAGACAUUUGAAGAAGCGGCUCGUAUCGCCCCCUGCAUCCUCUUCAUCGAUGAGAUCGACUCUAUCACCCCCAAGCGCGAGACGGCGGGUAGGGAGAUGGAGCGCCGGAUUGUCGCUCAACUCCUUACCUGUCUCGACGACUUGAGCUGGGACAAGACUGGCGGUAAAGCCGUCAUGGUCAUCGGAGCUACCAAUCGACCAGACGCAAUCGAUGCUGCUCUGCGCAGGGCGGGGAGGUUCGAUCACGAGAUUGCCCUGGGCGUGCCGGACGAGGCGGGGAGGGAGCAGAUCUUGCGGGUCCUGGCAAAGAAGCUGAGGUUGAGCGGAGACUUUGACUUCAAGGCACUCGCUAAAGCUACUCCGGGAUACGUGGGUGCAGAUCUCAAUGCCUUGACGGGGGCGGCGGGAAUUCUGGCUGUCAAGAGGAUCUUUAGCGAGUUUGGACAAAUGCCGGUGCAGCUCGGGCUACUGGAUGGAGGAGGAGGCGAAGUCGCAGCAGGAGAGGCAAGCAAUGCGGACGUCGAGAUGGGCGAAGGAGAGGCAGAGGCUCCGAUGACCAAUGGCAACAAUCCAGAGCAAGAAGCAAAGGACACUUCGACGACGACGACAGCGACACCAGCGACACCGGCAACGCCAGCGACAACGACAGAGUCACAGGUGAACGGCGCUGUUGCUCUCCCUCCUCGGCCCACCCGCUCUUUGGAUCCUCUCCCACCCGCCCUUUCCCAAUCCCCCAUUGCAGCCUUUCUCCUCUCUCACCCCAAUCCACUAACAGAAGAGCAACUCGCCCCACUCUCAAUUACAAAUGGCGAUUUCCUCGCCGCACUACCCACUGUUCAACCCUCUUCCAAGCGCGAAGGGUUCGCAACAGUGCCAGACGUAUCAUGGGGUGACGUUGGGGCGCUGCAUGCCACGAGAGAGGAGCUGAACAUGGCCAUUGUGGAGCCUAUUCGUCGACCGGACCUGUUCGCCAGCGUGGGAGUACAGGCUAGCAGUGGUGUCCUGCUGUGGGGUCCACCUGGGUGUGGUAAGACCCUCUUGGCAAAGGCGGUUGCGAAUGAGAGUAGGGCAAACUUCAUCUCGGUGAAAGGACCAGAGCUGUUGAACAAGUACGUUGGAGAAUCGGAACGAGCAGUACGUCAAGUCUUUUCUCGAGCUCGUACCUCCUCCCCCUGCGUCAUCUUCUUCGACGAACUCGACGCCCUGGUUCCAAGGCGAGACGAUUCUCUCUCUGAAUCUUCCUCCCGCGUGGUCAAUACCCUCCUGACCGAGCUGGAUGGUCUCGAGUCCCGCGGACAAGUCUACGUCAUUGGCGCUACCAAUCGACCGGACAUGAUCGACCCGGCAAUGUGUCGUCCAGGCAGGCUUGACAAGCUCCUCUAUGUCGACUUGCCUACAAAGGAGGAGCGAGGAGAGAUUCUCAAGACGAUUACUGCCAAGAUGCCCCUGCAGAGGAACGGUGCGGGAGGCGAUGAGGCCAUGUUGGGUCGACUUGCUGAGGAUGCUAGGAUGCAGGGCUUCUCCGGAGCGGAUCUUGCCAAUCUGGCAAGAGAAGCGGCCGUGGGCGCGCUCAAGGAAGCUCUGCGCAGCAGCAGGCAGAAGCUCAAUGGCACCAGUAUCGAUGGUCAGCACUUCGAGCCUGCUCGGGGCUUGGCUGAAGGAGGCCUUGGUGGCGGUCUGCAGGUGGUCAUCACCGAGACGCACUUCCUCGAGGCGCUGGACAAGGUUUCACCGAGUGUCAGUGUGCAGCAGAGGGCCAAGUACGCUCAAUUGCGUAGCCGUUUGAGCGGCAAUCCAGCUGGCAAGGGCAGAAAGGCCGAGGUGAAUGGCACGCAGCUACCCAAUGGCGUCGGAGGCACAGAUGCAGCAGAGUCUGGAGCGGAGAGAGGGGGAGAGGGCGCAGCAAUGGCUACUUAGAUCGACCGGUGGGAAAAGAGGAAUUGGUCCUCGUCUCAUUGCUGGCUCUUGCUCUUCAAGAGGGACUCCCAGACUUUGCGCGCCACGUCCAAAAAGACUUUACGGGUUGCCCCUCCUGCCUCUUCCCCACGCACAGCCACGGGCCAACCACUGUCGCCUCCUGCACUGACGGCUGGCUCCAGUGGGAUCUGACCCAGGACGGGCAGCUGGAGCGAAGCGGCUAGCUUCAGGAAGGGUUCGGGUGGACCAAAGAGUGGGAGUGGAUCUUGUGGGAGGGGUGGAGGAGGGAUGUAGUGCGCCAUGUUGAGGAUCAGACCGGUGGUCU